GAGUCUUCUUUUUUUGCUUUUUCAUUCAUUCGAAAAUCAUUUCCAUUUCGUCAUUAAUUAACGAAUUUACGUCACUUCGCGAAUAAUUUGAAAAAUUUCUUAAAAUCGGUUAUACACGUUCUCUGAUUCUAUCCAUUGGUCCUUGUCAGGAAAAUACUUCGGACUCUGUUGAGGUGAAAAUUUUCGCGUGAUAUGUAGUUUUGUGGCGCGCAAAAUGAGUAAAGAUAAGAUAUAUACACACCGGGCAGGCGGGGCAAAACGGGAUACUCAAGGAAAGCCCGAGCUUUGUGAAACUUGAAUAUGAUGAAAAUUCUUUCUCUUAUAUUCGUAUUUGAAGCGAAUGAAACAAAUUUUCAGUUACCAUGAGAAAAAACAUUAAUUAUCUCAUUCGAUAUUGAUGUUAAAAAUUAUAUUAUAUCAUUGGAAAGUUAUUACCAUCGAUAUUUCUUUGCAAUUAAUUAUAAAAGGAACAAAUCUUUCGAAUCCAACGGGAUGUUCGAAGUGUUUUUCGAUCAUUUUGAAAAAAAAAGGUUGACAAAAUUUUCGGGGUAUCCGAUUUCGCCCCGCUACCCCGCUUUGCCUCGCCAACCCCUAUAACACACGUAUAUGAAUUUUUGUGUUCUUUCCCAAUUAUUUUCCUUCAACUGCGAUAAGCCAUUGUACUGCUCUGUAAUUUUUGCGUUCGCAAUCAGUAGUAUAUACGUACAUCGAAUUCUUUCGUACGAGGGUGGGUGCAUCAUUGCUUUCUACUUAUCUAUAUACUCGGACUUUGUCCGUCGAUUUUAUACACUAAACAGGUUUUCAUCCUCCAAGGUUACGAAGCUACUGCGUCGUCGUGAUCUUUUUGUUUAUUCAUUUAUCCAUUUUCCCUACCAUUGUGAAUAUCUUCGAAAUUACAAUUAUACAAGUUUGUGCAGUCCAGUCCAUGUCCAGACAGUGUCAAUGUCGAAGAUAGAAUUAUUCCAAGACAAGAUCUGUUUACAUUUUACGCUGACUUUUUUAAUUCAUAGAUCAGAUUAAACUGAAAUCGAAAUACGAGUGGUAUGUGCACGUGACGCCUGCGAUGAUGGAGAAAUAUAUCUCUGGCCUUGGUUUGAAACUGGCCAAUCGGAAAGACGAAUGAAUAAAUCGUAAAUGGCGUUCCGAAUCAGUUAUACGAUUUACGAUUAUCAAAAUAAUCAGCGCUUUGGUUAAAGUAUACGAUAAGAAAAAGUAUCGAGCCUACUAGAUGUAUAUGCAAAGCGUAUCAACGGUGAUCCUUCGACGCAAUUGAAAGUGAGUCGGUGAAGUCGAUGGCCUUGUAUUAAACCUGAUAUGAAGGUGUUACUCUUGUUCUUACUUUUCGCGACGGUUGCCUCAUUCGCGUUACCAGCACCUGGACUCCUUCGAGUUCCGCGGGUUUACAACGCUUUGGUAACGAGCAACCAGAAUCUCUCUCCUUCGAGAGCAUUUCCAGUUAUUCAGCCCAUCGUUCAUACAACCGCUGUUGGUUAUGCACCUCCGUUUUACUAUACACAAAUCCCGCCUCAUUAUCAAGGACCGGAAGUUGUUCGCUUACCUCAGGAGUUACUUCCGGCCGAUGAAUUAAGCUCAAGAUCGAUGGCUGACUCGACGAAGGACGUGUUGAGCUCAAUUAACGUUACAGAUUCUGAAGUUUCGGCGGUAAUGCCGUCGAGCGGAAAGAAGGACCAAAAUAAACCGUAUGAGCGAGAAGCCCCGCGAAAAAAGGAAGAAAAUCAUCGGACGCUCAGUUUUUAUCCAAAUUACCAUUCUUUGUAUUACGAUCCUUAUUCCUACCCCUAUAACGGAUUCAAUUCUCACCUGGCGCCGAGUUCUUACCCAUUCGAUUAUCAGCGACAAGCUGAUCUGGCCCCUCUGCCGCUUCAAGGAUCACAUACCGAUCAUCGUCGACUCCUAAGUCCCCAGCUCCCAUCGGCAAGUUCUUUCGAUGAUUCGGUAAAGAGUUCGGAAGCCGUAGAUGAAAUACCCGACGUACCACCGCCCCCACCACCGGUACCAACGGCAUCGCCGAAAAAGUCUUAAUCUCUAACGACGAUCGAUCCGAGCUUACGAUUAGUUACCCACUUAAGGUUCUCAUUUGGGUUAAAUUUAAAUAUCGAAUAGCGAAAAGAAAUACAUGUAAUCGUGCCAA